UUUUUGGCAAUGCGUUCGAAUUCGACAGGAAGGAGACAUUGGAGGUCAACAGAGGAGUUUUAUAGGACCUCUAUGACUAAGGUGAGGAAGAACAGAAGCCCUCUUGUUAGGAAUAUUAAAUAAGAUAACUCAUAAUGAGUGUUUUAUACAUGUUAAGGAACAGAGAUAUACUGACUUAAAUGAUGCUCUUAAGCAAUUGAAUAGGAAUAAAUUGGCUAUGAAACGUAUCGAAAGUAAGAUAGAAGCUAGACAAAGUACGACUAGAUCUAGUUGAAAUUUCUCAAAGACACAAACUUUUAGAGAAAUGCCUAAAAUAAAGCUGAAACCUCUCUCGAAAAGAUCAGAGAUCAGAAGGGCACAAUAAAAAUGGAAGCAUCUGAAUUAAAGAGUGGGAUUGCGAGAUAUCUCUUGGCUCAUAUUUCCAAAAAUAUUAGUUCAAAGUUAGCCUCUUCACCCUUUGCUAAAGUUAUCAAACUCCCACAAAUGCUUGGGCAUAGUGAACACGACAUGAAAGCAGUGUUUAAUGUUAGUGGAGUGAAUUGUUUUUGGAAGCAAAAUACAAUCGAUUCUUGGGCCCCACAAUCUAGAGAGUACUCCACAUGAACUUUUGUUGAUGGGAGCCUAGUCCAGUUUGGAGGGCUGAGCACAAAGAUGAUGAACGAUGUCAAUAUUUUCGAUCUAAGAACAUUUAAAUGGACCCAUAUAUCAUUUGAAAAAGAGGAAUAUGUCCCAGAACCAAGAUAUGGGCAUUCUGCUAUUUGUUACGGGUCACUUGUAGUGAUUUAUGGAGGAUAUAGAAGAUUCUUAAAAUCUUUAAAACUUCGAGAUACCCAUGGCGACAUCUCAUAUUUUUGUACAGAUACAUUAAAAUGGGAUAAGCCUAUCUGAAAAGGUAAGACUAUCUUUAGAAGGCAUCAUACUGCAGCUCUGAUGGGCCAUUUGAUGGUUGUUCAAGGUGGAAUCAAUGAAAAAGCUGAAGAAAUAGAUCUACCCUAUACAUUUAAUUUUAUAACUUCACAAUGGAAGGAGUUGGAAUCAAUAGGGGAAACACCAGGAAAAAUAUCUCACCAUGCUUGCUGAUCUAUUAGCACUAAAAUAAAUAAAAGAAAAAGAUCAACGAGGUCAGUGCUCUUAUUUCCAAAUAAAGUCAUUGAUAAAGAACCUUUUAACAAUCAAGUGUAUUACUUCGGAGGAAGAAAUUCUGACUCAACAGUGACUGUUCUCAAGCCUCAUUUCAAACAUAAUUUUGAAUGGGUAAAACUCUCUAUUUCAGGGCAAAGCCCUGAAACGAGAUAUUCCCAUUCCAUGGAGUAUUUUGAAUGGAUCAAGUCCAUAGUCAUUUUUGGAGGUAGAGUAGACUCCAAUAGGGAAAAUAAAAUUACUAAGUCCAAACUUCUUAACGACUUAUGGAUGCUAAACAUUGUCAAGAAUCAAUGGGUAAAGGUCACUGGACAAGGCUCUCCUCCAAAAACAAUGUAUGCACAUAACUCAGCUGUAUAUGGAAGUCAGUUGAUAAUCUUUGGAGGGAUCACUGACCAUAAGACUCAAAGGUGUUCAAUGGAAUUACAGCUGAACGAAACCACUUUAAAUAUUUGUGAGCUCCAUCAGCAAAGAGCUAAUUUGUUAAAAAGGCAGCGGGAUGUAAUAAUUCUAUUAAAGAACAAAAAGAAAAGGAAGAAGCUAGAUAUAAAAGCCAUCCUAGGUAUGCCUGGUAUGCAAGUUAGAGAUAAUUCAUCUUCAAGAUCUCAAGAAGAAGCAAAAGAAGGCUUCAUUUCGAUGCAGAAAACCCUGCAUGCUAAGCAGGAGAAGGCUCUUAAUGACUCAUGAGGUUCUUCUCCCAGAAGAUCAAGCGUCAUGGAUAAGAUUGACAGGGUUGAGCAGAUGAUAUUUAACCAUGACUUUGAAUAAGCUUUCAAUUUA